AUGGCCAGUCAAAAAUUAGAAGGUUCAGCCCUUCCUCCCUCUCCACCUACUUCAUUAGAGGGAGAAUUUCACUCUGCCUAUUCACCAACAUACGGCCUGAUUGACAACAGCAUGGAGCAAUUUCCGAUGGCUGCAGAGUUUGACCCGAGCACCCCACCCCAGAUGCUAUAUGGCUCUCCCCCGCAAUAUUACCCGCACAUUCCUACUUCACACCCGAUCCCAAUAAUGCCUAAUAACCAGGCUCAUACCCCACACAUCAUGGGGGCAGAUCUUCCAAUGAGGGUUCAAUCUGCAUCACCCCCAUACUCGCCGUCACCUUCUCGAAAGAGCUCAACCAGAAGCAAGGCUAGAGCCACUCGCACCCCAAAAGAGAAACGUGGCCGUAGCCAAAGAAAUACCGCAAGUGGACCGAAGGCAAGAAUCGCCCUUCCAGGGCCUCUGUCUGAAAUUACCGCCAAUUUCACAGAUGUCCCAGUCCGGGAUAUGGAGGCCCACGUGAACCGACCAACACCGACUCGGCUUGAAGAAGCCAGAGUGAGAGGGUUGAGCGGAAACAAGGCAGUUGCUCGCCCCAUGAAUGCCUUUAUGCUCUAUCGAUCUGCCUACACUGCUCGUUGUAAGGAGUAUUUGGGCAUGGAAAACCACCAAGAGAUUUCCAGGGCUAUAGGUGCGAGUUGGCGGCUGGAGUCGGCGCGCUUCAAAGACCAGUUCAACGAAUGGUCGCGCAUUGAGCGAUCAAACCAUGCAAUCGCUUUCCCCGGAUACAAGUUCCAGCCUAAGAAAGACAAUGGAGUGGCGCGACGAACAGAAAUUGAACUUACUCCUCCUCGUUCUUCGGUCUCGGCGGCUGGUACUCUGGGUAGUCCUUCUGAAUGGGAUGACCUUGAGCCUGAAUUCUCACUGGCACCACCCCACCUGCAUCGCCGCACACAGAGCUUUGAGAUCUCUAGCCGAUCUUCAACUCCAUUUGAUAGCUACCACCACCCCCACCAACCCUCACAUCAAGCUAUGAUGGAAGCUGGAACACGAGCUUUCCCUCACAGAGAUAUGCCCAGCGAUAUGCCCAGCGGAAUUAAUGGAAUUCCUGGUGGCAGUCAUGACGAUCUCUGCCAAGCUUCUCAGCCUCCUCCAAUCCACCUCAACAAUGAGCACAUGGAUCCGCAGCUGCUGCAGUACAAUCAGAAUCAUCAAGCCACCUAUGAACAUGCCGCUGUGUCACCGGCUAAUAUCUAUGGCUUUGAGGAUGCCAGUUACAUCUCCACUUCGAUGCCUUCUGGUCACUCUAGCCCGGCGGCUUACAUAGGAGAGUCAUGGGAAUACAUGGAUAACCCUGCCCCUUCAGGCUUCUAA